CCUUGUGGGUAAUCGGGAAGUAAACAAAGGCACGUUGAAGAUGGAGCUUUCGGAGCAGAACCGAACUUCAGCCGUGAAAAGAUUAAAUAAGACGGAUAUUUUACGGGACUUUCAGGUGUCUUUUUUCGCUAUGAGACGUCUGGUUUCAUUUCCCUGGACUUUUUUAGAAAAAGACCUUGAAAGCAACAAAUCCUCAGACUUGAUUUCAGACAUCCUGAAACAGACGUGUCUUCACCCUCUGUGCCGGAAGUUUCCACCAUCAGUCAGGUUCAGGAGGCUGUUCCUCUCUGAGCUCAUCCGACGGCUAGAGGCUGUAGACGGUGACCCUCUGGACGAGCUGUACGAUGCUCUGGCUGAGGUGGUGGGAGCGGAAGAGACGGCCGAGUGCUACAAGAGCUACAUACUGCCCAGUGGUGAUGCUGUCAGUCUGCUGGAGAACGUAGCUCUGAUCUCAGAGGGGACCACCGGCCUGGUGACCUGGGAGGCCGCUCUCUACCUGGCAGAGUGGGCCCUGGAUCACCGGCAGGCCUUCGCUGGCAGGACGGUUCUGGAGCUGGGCAGCGGCGUGGGGUUGACCGGUAUCACCAUCUGUCGCUCCUGCAGCCCGCGCCGAUUCGUCUUCAGCGACUGCCACUUCAGCGUCCUGCAGAAACUGAGGAACAACGUCCAGCUGCACGGUCUGACCGAGCAGACGUCUCCUGCAGUCAGCGUGGAGGAGAUGGACUGGACGGCGGCGACAGAGGAACAGUUAAAACAGAUCGGAGCUGACGCUGUCAUCGCUGCAGAUGUGGUUUAUGACCCCGACGUUGUAGGAAGUCUGGUGAGUCUGCUGUCCAAGAUCCUGAGGUGUCCGUCCUCUGGAGUCCCCCCUGAGGUCUUCAUCUGCUCCACCAUAAGAAACCAGGAGACUUACGGUGGCUUUAAGCAGCAGCUUGACCCGUUAAAUUGACUCCCAUCCUGUGAGAAUACCGAGGAAAUGUCAGCCUCUAGGGUCACAGCUGGAUACUGAAGCGGUGGGAAUUUGAGGUGUUUAACAACUAAAAUAAAAACGUUAUUAUGGUGGGUAUUUUAAAGGCUGAAUCAAAGACUUUUUAGGCCAAAGAAAUAAUUAAAGAUUCAAUAAUUCUCCACCAGUGGCAGAGAAAUUAUGCUCAUGUUGGACUUUUCUGCAGGUCACGAUUGAGCCCAAUGCAAGAGUUUGCGUCCAGGUCACAUAUCCGCAAUGAACUGCCAACCCCAGCCAUAACCACCAUCUUUCCCUGAUUUUAACCAUGCCGUCCGUGGUACUCAAAGUAUUUUUAAAAACGUUAGCAUUGGACGUAAAACCACCAGUUCAGUAGAACAAAAACACGUGAAUGA